AUGGCGGAGAACACGCCACCUACUUUUGACGAAAAGAAACCCGAACUCGGAGGCCUGGACGACGACACAGUCGCCGCCGUCGACCACGGCGUACAAGUCAACGCUGCCGGGUAUAGGGAUCAACUGAAACGCCAAUACGGUCUUCUCGGAAUUGUCGGCAUUGCUCUGACGGUUGAUAACGCCUGGGCAGCUCUGGGAUCUUCCAUAUCUGUUUCAAUUCUCAAUGGGGGCCCACCAGGUCUUAUAUUUGGUCUUCUUGUUGCAUUGUUUUGGUAUUCCUUCGUAGGCAUGAGUCUGGCUGAGCUCGCCUCGUCUGUUCCCACUGCCGGGGGCGUGUACCAUUGGGCAACUAUUGCCGCCGGCCCCAACUGGGGGCGAGCCGUCGGUUUCUUCACCGGCUGGAUCAACUUUUAUGGCUGGAUGUUUGAUCUGGCAGCUCUUGUCCAAAUCACUGCCAACAUCCUCGUCCAAAUGUAUGCAAUCUACCACCAGGAUACUUACGUCCCCGAUUCAUGGCACGUAUACGUCACGUAUGUGGGUGUCCUAUGGAUUUCGACUCUGUUCGUUAUAUUUGCAAAUAGGCUCAUCCCGUACACGCAAAACUGUGGGAUGUUCUUCGUCAUGGUUGGCGGUGUUAUCACGAUCAUCGUGAUUUCGGCAAUGAAACCAGGUUCCCAUGCCUCAAAUCAUUUCGUAUGGGGUUCAUUUCAGGAAAACAACUUGACGGGUUGGCAAGGCGGCGUUGCGUUUCUUUUAGGCGUGCUAAACGGCGCGUUUACUAUCGGUACUCCUGAUGCCAUCACUCAUAUAGCAGAAGAGCUGCCGCACCCAAGAAGGGACCUUCCGAAGGCCAUGGGACUUCAAAUUGGUCUAGGUUUCUCGUAUGCGUUUGUUUUCGCUAUUGCGCUUAGCUAUGCGAUCACGGACCUCUCAGCUUUGCAAGGUGGUAUCAACACUUACCCCCUUGCCGUCAUAUACCAGCAAGCCACAGGCAGCUCCGGCGCGACGUUCGGCCUCUUGCUUAUAUUGUUUCUCAGCAGCAUGUGUUGCUGUGUCGGGACGGUGCUAACGAACUCCCGCACUUACUGGGCGCUGGCUAGAGACAAUGCCGUGCCAUUCUCUGGUCUUUUUGGUCGAGUUAAUGAAGGGCUUAGCUGCCCCAUCUACGCUACCUUGUUCGUAUCUAUCAUUGCCACAGGUCUCGGUGCAAUUCCCUUGGGAAGCUCGAGCGCUUUCCUGGCUCUAACGGGCUCUUUCAUCGUUCUAACGACAGUAUCAUAUGCAAUCCCUUUUACUGCCAAUAUGAUCACCAGGAGGAAAUAUUUCCCAGCCGGGCCUUUCCACAUGGGGAAGCUUGGCUAUGCAGUGAAUCUGGUAGCUGUUUUGCUUAUAGCGAUGUUUGACAUAUUAUUCUGCUUCCCAUACGAGAUACCCACUACUGUUGAAGCGAUGAACUACAAUAGCGUGAUCCUUGUUGGAACCAUCGCGAUCUCAGCGAUUUGGUGGAUUGCACACGGAACACGCCAUUACCCGGGACCCAAAGUGAUGAAAUUAUACAUUCAUGAUGAUUCAGCCCCCGCGGACGGUCCGGGUGUGGUUGAGAAGUCCAAUGCGUCGAUAAAUAACUGA